CUCCGCGUCGUCUGCUUCAGUAACACGAAGUCUGUCUCGCAGGAACAACCGAGGCAAUUUCACACACGAAAUACCUAUUUUAAGGGAUAUUUUCGCCUAUUUCUCCAAUUUCUGCUUCGAUAUCAUUCUCUUCUUCCACUUCUCCUUCUCUUUAUCGGUAUCUCUCGUCCUUAUUCCUUUUCGUAAUAUACAACGAAUACUUUAUAACGAUUAGCUGUUUUUUUUUUCAAGUGACACAACGAAUUAGAUUUAUUUGAUAGACGUGUUCUCUUUUUUUCUCUCAUCUUUAUCACCUUUUCUCUCUUCUCUCUUCGCUUUCACCUCUUUCUCUUUCUCGAAGAAGUUUAUUUGUGUGAAAAAUGGAUUUGAAGAAAUUAGCAGGUCAAGCAGGCCAGUUCCUCACCAGAGCUGUUCAGUACACUGAAGAAAAGCUGGGCAGUGCUGAGAAGACAGAGCUGGAUGGCCACUUUGAAUCCUUGUCGAUACAGUCGGACUCAGCACGGAUAUGGACUGAGAAACUGGUGGCAGGUGCCGAGGCAGUGCUUAUCCCCAACCCAGGAAACCGUGUUGAAGAUAUGCUUUUUGAGAAAAUAGAGAAGCGCCGUCCAAACAGACUCAGCAACCUCGAGUACCUUGGCCUGGAUAUGGUUCAGGCGGGCAAUGAAUUUGGUCCUGGGACAGCCUAUGGCUCAGCUCUCCUGAGAGUAGGAGGAGCCGAGCAGCGUCUGGGCCUAAUCGAGAGGGAGUUCAUUAGCAAUGCCGUCCAAGGCUACGUGCAGCCUAUGAGGAAGUUCCUUGACACGGAGAUGAAAACUAUAAUGCGUGAGAAAAGGCUGUUGGAGACUAAGAGACUUGACUUAGAUGCUUGCAAAAGUCGUCUCAGAAAAGCUCGGUCAAUGGAUGGGCAGUCAGCACAAAAGGAUGCCGUGGACCCCAAAGUAUUGGUUGCGCAGGCGGAGACUGACUUGAGAAAGGCCCAGGCGGACUUCGACAGGCAGGCCGAAAUUACAAAACUCCUACUGGAAGGUGUUAGAUCUUCACAAGCUGCCCACCUGCGUCAUCUGAAUGAAUUAGUCGAGGCGCAGGUGCGGUAUUAUGAAGAAUCCCAUAAAGUGAUGAUUGAACUUCAGAAAGAAAUGGCCAGCCUCUCCCUGAUACCCGAUGCCACUGUUGGUUCUGCUGUUGUCCCUCCCACCACAUCAUCAGCGACUAGCAAUGCUUCGGCUCCCACACUUACAUCGUCUAGCACUACCGUUGGUGUGGACGGAGAAGCUAAGAGCGUUGAUGAGGGAGGCCCUUGGAGACGAGCGAAGGUUGUUUGUGACUAUGACGCUACCAGCAAGGAUGAAAUGAGUCUGAUGAUGAAUGAGGUUGUCAUGUACAGCAGCAAGGACGGAGAGUUGGCCGACUUUGUAAUGGCAAAGCGUGGAACCCAGACUGGCCGCGUUCCCAGUGCUUAUCUUGAGCCCAUGGAUGACUGAGAAUUAACCACGGUUGAACUCUGUUAAUUCGCUUUCAACAGACCAUGAGCAUAUGGCGGCAUUUAUAACAUACGUCUUCGCUAAUUUAAACACUGAGUUAGGGGAGUUAGGUUAUUUGCCCGCUUGCCUGCUUGCUUAUUUGAGGAAGUUGGUUAACAGAGUUUGACUGAGGUUUCCCAGAGGUUUUCCUGAUACCACAUAAUUUCUCUUUAUGCUGUAAGAAAUCAUGCAUGUGAUUAUCUGUACCGUUCAUAUAUCAAUCCUAAUCACUUGAUAUAUUUCUUGAUAUGACUGUCUUUCAUUACUUUAUCUUUAUCUUAUUCAUAAUCUCUUUGUGGUGCUUUGGUGCUGUCAGGAUGUGAUGUUUCUUUCAUGUAUUACACAUAUUUAUAAGGGAAGGAAAGAUACAAGAUUUUGUACCUGUAUUAAUAAUAGCAGUAAUGAAUUUUUCAUCCUUUUGGCUGGGUUUAGAGUUUUUAUGUAUUUUUUUAGUGUGUGUUUUGGAAUCUUGCUUUGAAAAUUGAAUGUAGUCUAGGUUGAUUCACUCUUUCUUUUAUAUAUAAACAUUUCCAAAGAAUGCCAGGUAGCAGAGAGAAAUUAGAGUAAAAGGCAUAUAGAUGGCUGAGUGCUAGAGAUUUAUCUUGUAAAUAGAUAGCGUAGAUAGCCUAGUCACUUUGAGAAAAUGUAUAUCAUUCUGUCUUUACUACUUCUUUGUUUCAUGUUUCUGGUUUGUUUGAGUUACAAGUUCCUAUUUUGUUUAUUACUCUUUACUUUUCACAUAUGUAACACAAGGACAAAAUCAAACAGCACAUCACCUCCCUGUAAUAAUAUGUCUUAAAUACAAUCUUCAUACAAGUGUAUAAUACAAGUGAAAGAGGAGAUUUUUUCCUCGUUUUUCAAUGUUUUUAGUGACAUUCGUGGUUUUAGAGUGAAAAGCACUGGAACUCUCAAUACACCUUCAGAUAAAGUAUAUGAAAAAGAUCUGUUCAUAAUGAUGAUUUCAGAAGUACUUUUGAACGAUGGAAGUUGGGAUGAAGUUUGAGCUUUAUCUUUUUUACAAUGUCCUGGUUCUUUGUCUCUCCUCGUUUUUUAUUUUAUUUUUUUCUUCUUCAUUUUUUAGGGUUUUGUAUCACUUUAAUUUGCUGAUGCUGGGAAGGCGUGUAUAGAUGUCUGCUCGGACUUUAGCUUAUUAAUUUUCUUUACUCAUAGAUGCCUCCGUAAGUUUUUAUACUGAUUAUUAUACUGAUUGUUCAUAAUGUUAUUAUAGUAAUAACAAUGUCAGUAAUGAUGAUAAUAGUAAUAGAAACAAAACCACUUUUCCUGAAGGAUUGAAGAAUGGGGUAAACAGAUGAGAUCACUAGAGUCUAAUAAUUGGUAUCUUGGUGACUUCGUGCUUGUGAAGCCAUCUGUAUUUAAACAAAAUUGACAAAACACAACUACAGCGAUCAGUGCAAAUACUUGGUACCAGUAGGUUAAUAUAAAUUAUAUAACUUGGAAUUCAAAUAAAUUUUACCUCAAGAAACUAGGAACUGUUAUUAAUGUUGGGAAAUGUUUAGAAAAAUAAAAAUGUUAAUAUUUGUUAUUUCUUUGUUUUCUUGGAAAAUUUAUAUUUCACAGUUGUUGAAUUUGGGUUUUUUGUUAGUUUGUUAAUUUUUUUUUUAAAACUGUAAGAACAUCAAGACUUUAGAAAAAGAACACUGAGUAAAGGAACAGGUAGUAAAUGUUUAUCAUAUAUAUUGGAACACACACACACACACACACACACACACACACACACACACACACACACACACACACAACACACACACACA